UGGUGUUUUGGCGGCGGGGUGGGGGAGAUGUAUAGCUUGGAGGACCUCCUGAAGGUCGCCGAGACGCUGGGGAGGGGGACGGUGGGGAGCACGUACAAGGCUGUGAUGGAGUCCGGCUUCAUUGUGACGGUGAAGCGGCUCAAGGAGACCCAGCCUGGAGUGGAGGAGUUCCGGCGACGGAUGGAGGAGCUCGGCCGCCUCCGCCAUCCCAAUCUUGUGCCUCUCCGGGCAUACUUACAGGCCAAGGAGGAGCGCCUCCUUGUCUACGAUUACUUCCCCAAUGGCAGCCUCUUCUCCCUCGUCCAUGGAUCCCGGCCCUCCGGCAGCGGUAAGCCCCUGCACUGGACAUCGUGCCUGAAGAUCGCCGAGGAUGUCGCCGCCGGCCUCCUCUACCUCCACCAAUCAUCGCCGCCCGUCGUCCAUGGCAACCUCAAGUCCUCCAACGUCCUGCUUGGUGCCGACUUCGAGUCCUGCCUCACCGACUACGGCCUCGUCCCCUUCCUCCUCCCCUCCACCGACGACGACUACCACCUCCCCGCCUCCUCCUCCCUCUUCUACCGUGCCCCCGAAACCCGCCACCCCCCGUUCCGCUCCUUCACCCCCCACUCCGACGUCUACAGCUUCGGCGUCCUCCUCCUCGAGCUCCUCACCGGCAAAACCCCCUUCCAAGACCUUGUCGAGGAGCACGGCGCAGACAUCCCCCGGUGGGUACGCUCUGUGCGCGACGAGGAGAAGGAGUCCGGGGAGGACCCGGUGUCGUCCGGGAACGAGGCGUCGGAGGACAAGCUGGCGGCACUGCUCAACGUCGCAAUGGCAUGCGCGGCGGUGGACGCAGAGCGGCGGCCGGCGACCAAGGAGGUGCUGAAGAUGAUCCGGGACGCGCGGUCGGAGGUGAUCUUGUCGUCCAACAGCAGCGACCACUCCCCAGGGCGGUGGUCGGAUACGGUGCAGGGUUUGCCACGGGAGCGUGGGCCCGAGCAUUUGAAUUUUGGAGAGCGGGAUUGAUCGAGUUUUAAAAUGAUUCUUCUCUUCAACGGCCAAGUUGUAGAAUCCCUGGAGUUGCGGUGUAAAUCUUGAGAUUUUAGAGAUUAUUCGAGAAUGGAUUCUUCCUCCCAUUUUUAUUU